AUGUCCCAUAAAAAAGAAGUCCCAGCUGUUGAAGUGUCAGAACUUAGUGCCGAUGGUAGUACUCGUGAUUUGGCCAGUCAAUUCGCCAAUCGAUUGAAUACACAAACUGGUAGUAGUGGUCCUCAUGUUAGUCAUAGUGACAAUAUUGGUGAAGCACCAGAAAAUGCAUCAGUUUCUGUCAAGAAGGAAUGGGCUUUAUUACGUGAUCCUGUUAUUCAUACUGAACGAUUGGAUGCUAUUCGAUCAAAGAAAGGUUAUAUCAUUGAUAUGGAUGGUGUGAUUUACCAUGGUGCCACUUUACUUCCUGGUGCUAAAGAAUUGGUGGAAUUUUUACAAACAAAUAAUAAAAAAUUCCUUUUCUUGACCAAUAAUUCUGCUCCUACACCUCGUGAAUUACAAUCUAAAUUGGAAAGAUUAGGGAUUAAUGUUGGUGAAGAACAUUUCUUUACUUCUGGUCAAGCUACUGCUUACUUUUUAAAAUCACAAUCUCCUGAUGGUGGUACUGUUUAUGUUAUUGGUGAACCUGGUUUAGCUUAUUCAUUAUAUGAUAUGGGAUUCUUUAUGAAUGAUCAUAAUCCUGAUUAUGUUGUUUUGGGUGAAAGUCAAACAUACAAUUUUGAAAAAUUAACAAAGGCCGUUCAACUGGUUCAAAAUGGUGCCAAGUUGAUUGCUACUCAUUUGGAUACUGAAAACUUGGAUUCUGUUGGUAAUAAGAUCCCUGCUACUGGUGCUUUCACUGCUUGUGUUGAAUUGGUGACCAAUACAAAGGCUUUCUUCUGUGGUAAACCUUCGGCUUUAAUCAUGCGUUAUGCUCAACGUGUUCUCGGUCUAAGUCGUCUAGAAACUUGUAUUAUUGGUGAUCGUAUGGAUACAGAUAUUGUCGCUGGUAUUACUUCAGAAAUUGAUCCUGUUUUGGUGUUAUCUGGUGUCACUAGUAUGGAUAUGCUUCAACAAUACGCUUAUAGACCCUAUCUUAUUCUUGGUGGUGUUUAUGAAAUCCCUGAUGAAGAUGAACGUCAUCUUGUUACUGAUCAGGAAUUGGAAGAUGCUUCCCGACGUGUAAGUGACCAAAAAAAAAAAAGUUUAUAUUAAAUUUAAACCAUCGAUUACUAACUAAUUGGUUGUAUUUCAUUCUUUC